AGUCAACUAGGAAGUGUGGUUUGUAAACUUUUUAGGCAGUGGCAGCUUUCGGCUGCAUGAUAUUUAGCUAGAAAGAUUGGCUUACCCUUUACAAAAAAUGUUUUUCAGAAAGGAUACUUAUUCAGUGUAACAGACGGGUACAGUUGGCGGUAAAAGUUGGAUGCGAGACUUUGGCAACAUGGAGGAGCGGAAGAUCAAACGAAAAAGUCCAAGACCAUCGACCAACCAGCCUGCUCCUCCAGUCGCCGCCCGAAAGACCGUCACCUCCAGUAGAGCUUUGGGGUUCACCGGCAUGGGCACACACUCAAAUCAGAAGAGUAGAUACCGCAGAGGGGUGAGAGAUAAACCUAGGCCACAGAGUCAGUCGAGUAAGAGUAACCAGUCUGCCCCUAUUCAGCACUCCUUCCUUACAGACGUGUCUGAUGUGCAGGAGAUGGAGAAAGGCCUCCUCAGCCUUCUCAAUGACUUCCACUCUGGAAAGCUCCAGGCCUUUGGUAAUGAGUGCUCCAUUGAUCAAAUGGAGCAUGUGCGAGAGAUGCAGGAGAAACUGGCACGACUGCACUUUGACCUCUAUGGAGAAGUGGAUGAAAUGCCAGAGGACCAGCGCAAGCUUGCCUGUGACACCAACAUGGACAAACUUCUAUUAAAUCUGGAAGAGUUGAGUUCUUCAAUACAAAAACUGAACCUUGCUGAUAGCCAAGAUGUCCCCAGAACAUCCAGCGUGUGAAUUUGUGGAGACUAGAUGCUGAUCUGCCUAUUGUGGAGUGUGUACAUAUCUAUCACUGAGAAACAGCAUGUCCAGCAGCAUUACUCCUAACCAUUAGUAACACUGGAAUUGUGGAGCUACAGAACUGGCACACUUGCACAGUUUAGUAUUAAAUGCAAUAUCAAAGAAUAAACUCAUGAAUUCAUUACAUUAUCAAAUGCACAUCUUACCCAUCUGUAGGUUUGUUGUAUGAGGUCAUGAGCAGGCUUGCUCUAAUGUGUUUAUAACAAUCUAAACAAUGUAUCACUUGAUUGUUGCCUUUUGAGUCGUGCAAUAUGAGAACAUUUGCAAUGUAUAUCACUAAUUCACUUUAUCUAAUAACUAUUUUUUCAUUAUUGAGAUUCAGAAUAUUUUAUUUUUUUCUUUAAUUGAUCACUGUGUUUUGAGAUUUAAUAGAAAGGCAAGGGUAGGUGGUUUGGAGCAAGCCCCUUUUAAAAAUAACCCCAAAAAGUAAACCCCAUGAAUAUUUGCCUUAUUGUUACAACCUCGGAUAAUAGUAUGCAGAGAAAAGGUUCUUGCACCAGAGAGGUGGAAUCUUAUUUUUUAUAAUAGCUUGUGUAUAUUGCAGAUGUACCUACUUUAUUUAAAAAUGAUUUACAUUUCUAAUAUAACUGUUUGAAUGUUCAUGGUUUAUGUGACUUGAAUUUGAGAAUGCCAUCAAUAAAGGUCACGUGUUAAUGACCCUAACAUUUCCUGUGCCGAAAAUGUGA